AAAAUAGGAGAGGACUAUGUGCGGGACCUGAGCCAGCUGACAAAGCUGCACGAGUUUGUGGACGAUGACCUGUUCAUCCGGGAGGUUGCCAAAGUGAAGCAGGAGAACAAGGUGAAGUUCGCGCUGUACCUGGAGAAGGAGUACAAAGUGAAGAUCAACCCUUCCUCCAUGUUCGACGUGCACGUGAAGAGGAUCCACGAGUACAAGCGGCAGCUGAUGAACUGCCUGCACAUCGUCACCAUGUACAACCGCAUCAGGAGGGACCCUGCAAAGCUCUUCGUGCCAAGGACAGUGAUCAUUGGGGGCAAGGCUGCCCCAGGUUAUCACAUGGCUAAAAUGAUCAUCAAGCUCAUUAACGCCGUGGCUCACGUGGUGAACAACGACCCUGCUGUGGGCAGCAAGCUGAAGGUCAUCUUCCUGGAGAACUACCGGGUCUCACUGGCGGAGAAAGUGAUCCCUGCUACCGACCUGUCGGAGCAGAUCUCCACAGCGGGCACCGAGGCGUCGGGUACAGGGAACAUGAAGUUCAUGCUGAACGGGGCUCUGACCAUCGGCACCAUGGAUGGGGCCAACGUUGAAAUGGCCGAGGAGGCUGGAGAGGAAAACCUGUUCAUCUUCGGCAUGAGGGUGGAGGACGUCACGGAGCUGGACAGGAAAGGGUAUGACGCCCAGCAGUACUACAACCGGCUCCCCGAGCUGAAGCAAGCCAUUGACCAGAUUAAGAGUGGCUUCUUCUCCCCAGAGGAGCCUGACCUCUUCAGAGACGUGGUCAACAUGCUGUUCCACCACGACCGGUUUAAAGUGUUCGCAGACUACGAGGCUUAUGUCAAAUGCCAGGAGAAGGUCAGCGAGCUCUACCUGAACUCCAAGGCGUGGACCAAGAUGGUCAUCAGGAACAUCGCGGCGGCUGGCAAGUUCUCCAGCGACCGCACCAUCAAGGAGUACGCCCGUGACAUCUGGCACGUGGAGCCUUCCGACCUGAAGAUCCCACCGCCCAAUGAGCCCCGGGAUGCGGCCGAGGACAAGACCCUCAAUGGCAUGGCGGCUUAG